GGAUGCCAGACGACGAGGAUGAGUGGGCUUUAUCGUCGAAUCGUUGAUUAUCGUCCUUACUCGGGAAGAGAGUCCCGUGUGCUUCUUGGCGCGUCGUGUGCGUCGUCGUGCAUCGCCAACGGUGGUUCGUGGAAUUCUGCAAGCAGCGAGUCGCGCGUUCGACUGUCCACGGAGAAGCUCGGUCCGAAAGAGGCGAGAUCGACCAACAUGUACUCCGACGGGGGCCACGAAGUGGACGGCAGCUGGGUGCUGCGCGUCUACGUCACGGAUCUGCAGGUCGAGAGAAGUUUACGCGUGAAGGGCGAGCUGCACAUUGGCGGUGUCAUGCUACGUCUCGUGGAGGAUCUGGACAUCGCUAUGGACUGGUCGGAUCACGCUCUUUGGUGGCCGGCGCGGAAUCAUUGGCUCACCAGGACCCGCAGCACCCUGGACCAGUACGGCGUGGCGGCGGACGCGCAGCUGCACUUCACGCCGAUGCACAAGACCCUGAGGGUGCAGUUGCCGGAUAUGCGCUGCCUCGACUGCCGAGUCGAUUUUUCCGUCAAGACGUUCAACGCGGUCAUCAAUUUGUGCAAGGAACUCGGCAUCAGACACCCGGAGGAGCUGUCGUUUUGUAAACCGCUCGAGCCGAAUCACCUGAAAUACAAUCUGAAGGAUCUGCCGGCCAAGAAGAAAACCGAAAACCCAAAGAACGGUCACUGGAAUGUGUCGGCCGACACUAACACCUUCAUCCCGGCCAGCCAGAGUCCUAGAGGAUCCACGGGAAGUUUAGAUCAAUCCAAUCCGUUCAUGUGCGCGCCGGUUACGCCCAACAGAAAUCACAGCACGCCGAUCAGCUCGCCUGUCUCGCAUACCGGCACGUGGAAGAGAAACAACAACUCGUCCGGCUUCGGUAGCACCGGCUCCUUCAACGCCAACAACAGCACGAUGAGCUUGGAGGCGUUAAACGGCGGCCUGUCGGAGUCGUUGGCGCAGAGUCCGACGUCGAUCUCGCCGGAGGUGCGAGCGAAGCUGAUCAGGCCGAAGAGCCUGAUCGAGAGAGCGCGCAUGAACGUCUCCUGGCUGGACUCCUCGUUGUCGAUCAUGGAGCAGGGUAUCCGCGAAUUCGACACGCUCAGGUUGAAGUUCAAGUUCUACUCCUUCUACGAUCUGAAUCCCAAGACCGACGCGGUGCGCAUCAACAUGAUCUACGAGCAAGCCAAGUGGCAGUUGCUCGCCGAGGAGAUCGACUGCACCGAGGAGGAGAUGCUGAUGUUCGCGGCGCUCCAGGUACAGGUGAAUCUUCAGGCGAGCGUGCCGCAGCCCGCUACCUACGACAGCAACGGCGCGACUUCGCCCGUCGAGGACGACAUCGACGCGGCGUUGACGGACCUGCAGGUGACGUUGGAGGGCAGCAACAUCAGCAACGGGCCCAGCGACAUCACGCAAGUGCCCGAGCUGUGCGACGAGCUGCGUUUCUUCAAGCCGAAACGCUUCACCCUCAAGGCCUUCAAACGCUAUUGGUUCACAUGCCGGGACCUGCACCUCCGGCUCUACAAGAGCCGCGAGGAGACCAGCGGCUCGGAGUCGCCGACCUACAUGAUUAGCCUGCGCGGCUGCGAGGUCACGCCGGACGUACAACUGUCGCAAGGUCGCUACGGGAUCAGGCUGGAGGUGCCCAGCGCCGAGGGCAUGACCGAGAUGUGGAUCAGAUGCGACAACGAGCAACAGUACGCCAAGUGGAUGGCGGCGUGCAGAUUAGGCGCCAAAGGCCGCACCCUCGCGGACGCGUCUUACGAGGGCGAAGUCAACAGCAUCAUAGCCUUCCUGCAGCUUCAGAGGCCCGCUCCCGCACCGGCGAUCAAUCCCAGCUCCUUGGACAUCGUCCCAGAGGAUUACGUGGCGCCUAGAUUCGCGAAGAAGUUCAAAGGAAAGCUGGUCCAGAGGAUCUUAGAGGCGCACGCAAACGUCAAGGAUCUGCCACUCGUCGAAGCGAAACUGAACUACAUCAAAGCCUGGCAGUCUCUGCCGGAAUACGGCAUUUCUCUCUUCAUCGUGCGAUUCAAGAACAAAGACGAGCUGCUCGGCAUCGCCAACAACAGGCUAAUGCGAAUGGAACUUCACAGCGGCGAUCAUCUGAAGACCUGGAGGUACAACACCAUGAAGGCGUGGAACGUCAACUGGGAGGUGAAGCACAUGAUGGUACAGUUCGAGGAGGAGAAUAUCAUCUUCGAGUGCCAAUCGGCCGACUGCAAGGUCGUCCACGAGUUCAUAGGAGGCUACAUCUUUUUGUCGAUGCGCUCGAAGGAGGCGAAUCAGACGUUGAACGAGGAGAUGUUCCACAAACUGACCGGCGGAUGGGUCUAAUGACGCGACAAACGCGCACGACGAGUGUAUAAAGCGGUUCUCUAACGCAACUCUUUCUAACAAGCGAUGACGGAGCGCGUAUACGAUGCGCGUCAGUUUCGAGGACUGACAUUUAUUAGUAAAACGCAGCCAUUCGCAACAACAACACGGCUGGCUGACGACACUUGUAAAAAUACCGAAGCGCGCCCGCGAUGGACGGAUUGUAGGCUGUAAAUAGGAACUACCGCGCUCUUUUUACGCACAAGCGCGACGGGCGGGCAGCCCGUUUUUUCACGAUCGUAGAAUUAUUCUCGCUCGACGAGGGUAGAUAAUUCGUGAGAAAUAUUCACCGAUAUGGUCGAAUCAUCAUAUAAAGUACGAGAACUUACAUCGAUAGCAGGUCAAUGGACCGAAAUCAUGGAGUUUUUCCGCAGAAAAUUCACAAUUUGUACAUUUGCGAUAUAAUUUCGGGGAAAGAUCACGAUAAUUUUGUUUUAGAGACGUUUAUACGAAUGAUCAAUUGUGCUUUUAUAUGCGAUAACUUUUCUACUCACGAGGGAUUCGUCGUUAACCAUCAUGAGACCUCAAUCGGGUCACGUCAAACGCGCACAAGUGAAAAUCUGGCGGUACAUAUCGCGACGUUCGAUGGUAAUGACGUUUCGUUCAUUUCUGUUAUCGUGAGAACAGGCGAUUAUAUUUCUCCCUGCAUGUGUGUUAUCUCAUUGUUACAAGGUGCUAUACGAAGUAUGAUUAUGAGCUCGACUACGACGACGCGAGAUAUCGAAUCGUGUAAAUUAUUUGUUAUUUUAAUGUAAAUUAGACGUAUAGGACAACAAACUAUAUCAAUUAUAUCGUUACGCAAAAUAUCCACGCGAGAUAUCGCGUUUUAUGUAUAUGUAACCAAAAAAAGGUAUAGUUUUGUAUAUUAAUAGACGGUAACUGUAUAAUAAACUUAUCAUUAAUA